GAAGAGAGAGCGAGGGACGCUGAGGGAGCUUGUGUAGCAGCUGUGUGCGAGCGGAGGAGCCUGGGGAGUGAGCGUCUAGCCAGGACAGCAACUCAUCAUCAUUAGCUCCUAUUAACUGGACCGCCUCUCCCGGGACUUCUUGCCUUCGGCAAUCCUCAGUGCAGUUCCUAUUGAGGCACCCUGCUUUAGUCACGUUGCGCCCCCGUCCGGGUGGUACCUCACCGCAGUGCUUAGGCUUCCCUGUCUUUUGCCUUCGGGCUGAACGGAGAACCGACGCCAUGGGAUGUACUCUAAGCGCCGAAGACAAGGCGGCUGUAGAGAGGAGCAAAAUGAUCGAUAGGAACCUGCGGGAGGAUGGAGAAAAAGCUGCCCGGGAGGUGAAGCUGCUUCUGCUCGGAGCUGGGGAGUCCGGCAAAAGCACCAUUGUUAAACAAAUGAAAAUCAUCCAUGAAGCUGGUUACUCAGAAGAAGAAUGCAAACAAUACAAGGCAGUUGUUUAUAGUAACACAAUUCAAUCCAUUAUUGCCAUUAUUCGGGCAAUGGGCAGACUAAAGAUAGAUUUUGGUGACCCCUCAAGAGCGGAUGACGCACGCCAGCUCUUUGUAUUGGCUGGAGCAGCAGAAGAAGGUUUUAUGACAGCAGAACUAGCUGGAGUUAUAAAAAGAUUAUGGAAAGAUGGCGGUGUACAGGCUUGUUUCAACAGGUCAAGAGAAUAUCAGCUCAAUGACUCUGCAGCAUAUUAUCUUAAUGACUUGGACAGGAUAGCACAGAACAGUUACAUUCCAACUCAACAGGAUGUUCUCAGGACUAGAGUGAAAACUACAGGCAUAGUAGAAACUCAUUUCACUUUCAAGGACCUCCAUUUCAAAAUGUUUGAUGUAGGAGGCCAAAGAUCUGAGAGAAAAAAAUGGAUUCAUUGCUUUGAGGGAGUCACAGCAAUAAUCUUCUGUGUGGCACUUAGUGAUUAUGAUUUAGUUUUAGCUGAAGAUGAGGAAAUGAACCGCAUGCAUGAAAGCAUGAAACUAUUCGAUAGCAUCUGCAAUAACAAGUGGUUUACGGACACUUCCAUUAUUCUCUUUCUAAAUAAAAAAGAUCUGUUUGAGGAGAAAAUCAAGAGGAGUCCUUUAACAAUUUGUUACCCAGAAUAUCCAGGUUCAAACACAUAUGAAGAGGCAGCUGCAUACAUUCAGUGUCAGUUUGAAGAUCUCAAUAAAAGAAAGGAUACAAAAGAAAUAUACACUCAUUUUACAUGUGCAACAGAUACCAAGAAUGUGCAAUUUGUGUUUGAUGCAGUGACUGAUGUCAUCAUAAAAAAUAAUCUCAAGGACUGUGGCCUUUUCUAAUACAUCAUUAUAUGUAUAUGAUUACAUUUGACUUCACCCUGUUAUACCUUGAUGGCUUUUGGCGUGACCUAAGAUUCUUAAUGAACAGCGGACCAGUACUGUACUUGCCAGUUUUAUUAGCUUUAUUUAUGUUCAUGUCUUGUAAAUUUAUAAAACUAACUGCUUCUAGGCCACACAAAAUGGAGAAGGUAUUUUGAUUGUAUGUAUACUGUAAUUGUAGGAAUGUUAUUUGUACAGACAUUGAACAGAAUAUUUUAAUAGUAUGAAUUGUCAAAAGGAUCAUCUUGUUUUCUAAAAUGCUGUUAGAUUUUGUUUUCUUUGCCUGUUUCAGUUAUUUAAAGAAACUAUGUAUAUUUUCCCAUUGCUCCCCUGUUUUAUGCAUGCAUGCUGCCUUAUUCUGUGUUGGGCUUUUUAUUGCUAACCUGCAAGAUAAAUAAUGACCUGUUUUAAAUCUGGACAUGUCUUACAGUUGCACAACACCCCUAACUCGGCAUGAAACACAGAAUCGCUCAUUGGCCUCAGCCGUCACUGUGCAUUUUUAUUCUCUAGUAGUUAUCUUGUGCAUUGCCUUAAAGGUGGUGCCAAAAUUACCUUUUUUAUACAUUUUAAAUCUAAGUGAUCAAUUAUUGUAAAUACAUUUUUCCAGGUAUGUGGCCAGGAUAUUGGUGGUGCUGAAAAGCCAACCAGGAUUAUAAAAUUGAUUCCUUUAUACAUGUUAGAGCAAAUGUGUGUUUGGCAUGCUGAACAUGGCAUUAGUUUGUUUAGAUGACACUAUCUGUUAAUGAAAAUACAUUAUGAGCAACAUUUUAGUUUAGCCUCCCCAUUCAAAAUACAUAACCUGAUAAUGUCCAUGACUUUUAGUUUGUUUGUGGCUUUGUGAUGCUGUGUAACUGCCUCACUGUCUACAAGUUUUAUCAUUCCUUCCUUUAGACCCUUUAUGUAUCAAAUUUGGGCCCAGAAAUAAAAAAGGCUUCUGAUAUGUAAAGUAUUCAUUAAACGAAUACCAUUGUAAGUAUGGCAGAUAAAAACCUUGAUGCUGACAUUUCUUUUGAGGCUCACUAUGGAAUCUGUUUAGAAACAGUUCAUUUAUUUUAUAUACUUAUUAUUGAUAUUAAAUUCACUGUGAGUUGACAGUUUUGGUUCACUGUUGAGAACAUGAACGUUUCAUGUGUCAUUUCACAAUUUUACCCUCACAUAUGUAAUUUUGUGUUGUCCAAGUCAUGUGUAAAUUAACUGUACCUCUUGUAAUGUCAUUAGGGUUUUUGUACUUCACAGUGAGGAAUACAUUCAUAGUGACUAAGAAUUACUAAGGUUACCACUGUCUAAAUUCUUUGUGCCUUCAACUAUAUUUUUUAUUUAAUUUAAAAUAUUUGGAAGAUUACCUGCUGCAUACUCGUAAAGAUAUGCUAAGUGGAAUGGAAAUCAAUUUGUCAACGUCACUAUAUAAAUAGAGCACACAUGUUGGUAAAUAGAACUGAAGGAUUCCUUGACUUUAUCCUGUAAAACUGUGUUGCUAACAUAUCCUAAUAAACCUUGCAAUUUUUCAGAUUUUAA